AAAAAAAAAAAAAAAAACCCUUUUAUAAAUGAACCAAAACUCAGAAUUAGGGUUUCGUCUGCGCUCACCAUUCUCGCGAGUUCGCUCGUCUUCUUCGCCUCUUCACCACCGUCAGCAAAUCUCCAAAGCUCGCAAUCAUGGGUAAGACACAUGGAAUGGGAGCUGCGCGUAAGCUGAAGUCCCACCGCCGAAGGCAAAGGUGGGCUGACAAGUCUUACAAGAAGUCCCAUCUUGGAAAUGAAUGGAAGAAGCCAUUCGCCGGAUCUUCUCACGCUAAGGGCAUUGUUUUGGAAAAGAUUGGUAUUGAAGCUAAACAGCCCAAUUCUGCUAUCAGAAAGUGUGCUCGUGUGCAGUUGAUUAAGAAUGGAAAGAAGAUCGCUGCUUUCGUUCCCAAUGAUGGUUGUUUGAACUUCAUUGAGGAAAAUGAUGAGGUGUUAAUUGCUGGAUUUGGUCGUAAAGGACAUGCCGUGGGAGAUAUUCCUGGAGUCCGAUUUAAGGUUGUCAAGGUUGCUGGUGUCUCACUUCUAGCCCUCUUCAAGGAAAAGAAGGAAAAACCCAGGUCUUAGGUUAAGGUUGUUAGUUUAGUCUGAAAUUUUGCUUACUCAAAUGAAACUUGUACCCUCUUUAAAUGGAAAUUGAGUGUCCUUAAAAGAGGAUACCCUCCCUACUUUGUUUUUGUGUUCUAUUCGUGUGUAUUCAAGAUGGUUUUCUAUAUUCUUAGUUAUUGCUUAUACUCCAUUGGUUUAUUUA